CACCCUAAGAGGUGAAGCUCAUGUACGAAGGACAGAGUGGUCUCUGGGCCGAGCAAAUCCAGCUCCAGCCUUCUGAAGAAAAAACUAAGUGAUCAGAAACGCUGGGGUGGCAAUUAGAAAGCACUUCUGCUUUUGCUGCAAGAGCACAGGGCUACAAUUCUAUCGACCCUCGACCAAGAGGUUUGGGCCCAGGCUCCCAGAGUGAAUAAUGGUUUCCAAGGCUAGGUAACGAGGUUCAGGGUGGGGGGAGAUUUUGACGAUAGAACGUGAAUAUUGAUUUCCAAAGAGCCUCCCAACCCAGAAUUUAUGCGGGUUGGCAUAAGUCUGAGAAUAUUGAGAAGGCCCUGGAUGUGUCCCCCCCGAAAGGAAGCGGGAGAGGUAGGAAAAGAUGACUUGAGGUUUAAUUUGGGGGCUUGAGUAAUCGGGGUGAAAACCUAAGUGUCUUCACCUUAUGAGUUGGGACUCCUCAUUCCUUUGUUCCUUCUGAACUUUAGAACGUCUAGGUUCCAAAACCAUCAGAGUCAGAGAAGCACUUUUGGCGGGUUUGUUUGAGCAACCACCCUUUGCAUUAGAGCGCUGGUGUACAGGGUGGUGGAGGUGGAGGUGGUGGUGGGAUGUGUAUGUAUGUGUAUGUGUGCUCGUGCGCGCUUGAGUGUGAGAGACAGAUACAGAGAUAGGGAUAGAGACAGAAAGACACAAAGAAAAUCAGACAGAAAGUCAGAGAGACAGAGCAGAGUGAAGUAGUGGGUAGAUACUAGUUCGAGUUCCACGGUGCGAUAUAUUGAAAGGGCAGGCUGGCCCUUGCUUUAUUUCUAACCUUUGUGUGGUGGCUAGUGGAGGUCUUAUGACUGAAGAGAAUUCGCAGAACAGACUUAACAUGUAAAUCAGGGCUUUUCUUGCUUCAGUAAGUUGCUCCUCAGUUACGCCCCUUAAACAAGAAGCAACAAGCUUUGAGUGAAACUGUGAAAGGGGUGGUGGUCACUGGGGGUGAGGGACGCUGGGCGGGGGUAGGGGUUGCUUUGGUUUUGGGGUUUUUUGGUUUUGUUUUGUUUUUGUUGUUGUUUUUAAAGAGAGAUUUGAGAGUCUCACACCUUCACACCUCGUUUUUACGCUUCCUCCGGACUUUUCUCCUCCUCUUACCCCCGCAUAUUUAAAGCAGAGCAGGGAAGGAGGGAACCCGGGCGGCUGAGGCUGAGGGGGGUAGAGGCUGACUGCAGAUGCACCCAGCUGUCUCUCUAGCAAUGUGAAGACAGAGCCCAGAAUAGGCGCCGGCGCUCAGGUGAUUCGCCUCCGGAUCUACCUAUGCCUCCUCGCCUCCCAGGGCUGGGCGGAGAAAACCGUCCCCUCCUCCCCCCCUGGAACUCCCCCCCUUCCCCCCCAAAUGUGUGCCUGCCUCGGCGCCAGGAGAGAUCCCGGGAAGUCUUGGUGAAAGACUGAUAUAGAUAUAAGGACAUUUCUCCAUGGAGUCACGUGACAUAAUUACCACCAGAAUCAAUCAAGAUGAAUUGCACGUCAGCACACGGUGGGGAUUUUUUCUUAGUUGAUCCUGUCCAAAGCCUCUUGUGCAAUAGAUGGAUCUUGUUCAAGGCACGGAAAUCUCCCGGUCGCUCACCAUCGCCCAGAGGAAGACAUGACCGAGUUUGACGACUGCAGCCCCAGCGCAGCCAAUAUGUAUCUGCCGGGCUGCGCUUAUUACGUGGCCCCCUCGGAUUUCUCCAGCAAGCCCUCGUUUCUGUCGCAGACGUCGUCUUGUCAAAUGACUUUUCCCUACUCCUCCAACCUGCCUCACGUCCAACCGGUGCGCGAAGUGGCGUUCCGCGACUACGGUUUGGAGCGUGGUAAAUGGCAAUACCGGGGCAGUUACGCUCCCUAUUACGCGGCGGAGGAGGUGAUGCAUAGGGACUUGCUGCCGCCCGGGAGUCGGAGGCCUGAUAUGCUCUUCAAGGCUGCCGAACCCGUAUGCGGUCCUCACGGCCCCUCGAGCGCCGCCUCCAACUUCUAUAGCACCGUGGGGCGCAAUGGGAUCCUGCCCCAGGGCUUCGACCAGUUUUACGAGGCGGCGCCUGGACCCGCGUACCAGCAGCAGCAGCAGCAGCAACCUCAGCAGCCUCAGCAGCAACAGCAACAGCAGCCGCCUCAGUCCAGCGGCGAGCCCGAGGGGGACACUGAGAAGAGCGGCCUGAAGUCUCCGGGCACCGCGAGUCCCUGCGGCAAAGCCCCCUCAGGGCAGGAGCCCAAAGGGGCAGCGGAGAGCGGCUCCAGUGGCGAAGCCCCCCCAGGGGAGACGGGGGCGGAGAAGAGUGCAGGCGCAGUGGUCCCCCAGAGAUCGAGGAAAAAGAGGUGCCCCUACACCAAAUACCAGAUCCGAGAACUGGAACGGGAAUUUUUCUUCAACGUGUAUAUAAACAAAGAGAAAAGACUACAACUAUCUCGAAUGCUCAACCUCACUGACCGACAAGUCAAAAUCUGGUUCCAGAAUCGAAGAAUGAAAGAAAAGAAACUGAACAGAGAUCGACUCCAAUAUUUCACUGGGAAUCCCUUAUUCUGAAAGAUCAAGAAAUUUAUCCCCCUCCCCCAAGUCUCACUCAUACUCACACUCCUCCUCCCCUCAUUCAGCCUACCCGCCGGAGGCAAAAAGUCAUUGGGUUUACAUGACUCAUCUUCCCUUCGGAACUCCAAGCUUCAUUUCCACAUUCAACUCGAUCAAGUCGGUUACUUCCCAGCGAUCAAUGUCUGCAGAAGAUGCCGGUGUCUUGGCGGAUCGGAUUCCUAAUAAGGGGAAAAUGGUAAAUCCAAACAUCCGUUUACAAUUUUACCACCAAAGUGUUUUUUGGGUUUUAUUAUUAUUAUUAUUUUUUUUUGGUCUCCCCUCUCCCCUCCCUAAGUCUUCGUGGUGAUGCAGAUGGACCUGUAGUGCGUUUGGCCGUGUUGCUUUAAGGUGUUUUGUUCUGAGCUUAGAGUCAACUGUUUCCUUUCACUAAAAGAAUGGCGAUUAUUUAAACUCUGGGAAAUGUACCUUCGGUCUCUCUCUUAAGUUUCCACUGUCAUAUAAACGCAUGGGCCACUGUCUUUUUCAUGUGAAUAAAUGGUUUCUAGUAAAACGAAGGUUCCAUCCUCAAUGCACUGUAUGAAUUUUCCUCUUUGAAGAACUUUAGCGUCUGAACAGGACAUUUGAGGGAGCAAAGAGAACUGGCAGGAACCCCUUACCCCCAUCCCCCAGCCAAAAUGGAAGAAGAACAUUUGCAGCUGAGUUAAAAUCAGGGUUGCUUUCUAUCCCCAGCUGGAUUCUUUUUCUAUGUAACUUUCAGAGUUAAUCCCUUCAGGGUGUGAGACACCAAAGAUGGCUUUCUGCCUUCUAUCAGAGGUGAUGGGACAGGCGGCAGGGAUUUCUAAAGAGCUAAUAAUUCGUUCCUCCAGCUUGGGAAAUUUGGAAUUUCGGAAAACAGAACCCUCUAUCCCCAUUUUUUUGGUAGAUGUACGAGAAAUGCAAAUUCACUCUAGAUCCUUUUGAUAGUUUCAAGGAAACAAGGAUCCCUUAAAAAAUUAAAGUCACCACCCUAAAAAGUUCAAGAAAUAUCGUGCUCUCUGUAAAGUAGUUUUGCUUAUUUCUCAGGCAGGAUAAAGUAAGUAGACAAAGAUAAUCCCCUGCUCAUAGCCCAGUGCUAAAGAUCUCCUAGCCUUUAUUUCGUAAAGUGAAAGAAUGUAACUGAGGUCUUCUCUGCACUUUAUGUUGCGUGACCUGGCUAAGCUGUUUACAAAACCUUGAACUGUCUAGACAACACCAUAAAAACCGAAGUUCUAAACAGCUUAAUUGGGUUAUAUUAUACACCUUCUGGUGGGCCAAAAAAAAAAAAAUUUCCGCAAUGUGCAAUAAAAUGAGUGAGAAAGG